AUGUCUACCGUACAUCUCCUAGAUUACGUUGCUGGCAAUGUGCGCUCUCUAGCGAAUGCGAUCGAAAAACUGGGUUUUCAGAUAGAAUGGAUCAAAGAACCUAAAGAUAUUGAAAAGGCCGAGUCACUAAUAUUACCGGGUGUGGGUCAUUUUGGACAUUGUCUCACUCAAUUUUCCCGCAGUGGCUAUCUCGAACCCAUUCGUAAGCACAUCGAGUCGGGAAAAAAUUUCAUGGGAAUAUGUGUCGGUCUUCAAGCAUUGUUCGAUGGAUCUGCGGAGAACCCGAACGUUCCAGGUCUUGGCAUCGUCCCAGGAAGCCUGACCAAGUUUGAUAAUGUGGACAAAAGUGUCCCGCACAUUGGUUGGAACUCGGCCAGAGUGUCUGAGAACGGUGCCUCGCAGCAUGAAAGCUUUUAUGGGCUACGAGAUAGCAGCAAGUACUACUACGUCCACUCGUACGCAGUUCCGUACCGGCUAGGACUACUUGAGCACAAUGGUUGGACCGUUGCAAUUGCAAAGUACGGCGAGGAGCAGUUUGUAGGCGCCAUCGGCCGAGGUAAUGUCUUCGCAACCCAGUUUCAUCCGGAAAAGAGUGGGGUUGCUGGCUUGAGGGUCCUCAAAGCCUUCCUUGAAGGCAAAAGGUGGGAGUCUUUAGGAGGAGUAUCACAGAACGACACCAGUCAAGGCCUCACCCGCAGAGUCAUUGCGUGCCUUGAUGUACGCACGAAUGACCAAGGUGAUCUGGUGGUUACGAAGGGAGAUCAGUAUGACGUCCGGGAAAAAGGCAGUGCUGUGAGCGGAGGGCAAGUCCGAAAUCUGGGUAAACCGGUAGACAUGGCCCGAAGAUACUACGAGCAAGGCUCUGACGAGAUAACCUUUCUCAAUAUCACGUCUUUCCGCAAUUGUCCCUUAGCAGACUUGCCUAUGCUCGAAAUAUUGCGGCGAACGUCAGAGAACGUCUUUGUACCAUUGACGAUAGGCGGAGGGAUCAGGGACACGAUUGAUAUCGACGGUACGAAAGUAUCAGCUCUCGAAGUCGCCACGCUGUACUUCAAGUCUGGUGCUGACAAGGUCAGCAUUGGAUCCGAUGCUGUUGUGGCUGCUGAGGAGUACUUUGAGAACGGGAAACGCCUAUCUAGGACAACGGCAAUUGAGACGAUCUCUGCUGCGUAUGGAAACCAAGCGGUUGUGGUCAGCGUCGAUCCCAAGCGGGUCUACACGAAGUCGCCUAACGAGACGGGUCACCACGCAAUCAAAACGCAAUAUCCUGGCCCUUCAGGUGAGGAAUAUUGCUGGUACCAGUGCACCAUCAAAGGUGGGCGCGAAGGACGAGAUAUUGACGUCCAUCAAUUGGUCAUAGCAGUUGAGGCUAUGGGCGCCGGCGAAAUUCUACUCAAUUGUAUAGACAAGGACGGCAGCAGCAGCGGGUUCGAUCUGGAGUUGAUUAACGAUGUGAAAAGCUCGGUCAAGAUUCCGGUCAUAUCAUCGAGUGAUGCUGCUUUGGGAGCUGGCAUGUUCCACCGUGCCGAGUAUACAGUGAAGGAAGUCAAAGAUUACUUGGCGGAGAAGGGCUUCUUGGUGAGACGAUUUGAAGACCGAAUGUGA